UAAAUGAUAUCGAAAAAUCGUAAAAUUUAUUUUUUAGAUAUUUUAAAUACGCUAAAUCGAAUUUAACAGAGUCGAUCGUCGAUUCAGAAAUUAUAUCAUCGAAAACGGUUUAGAAGCAUGGAAUAGCACACAAUAUAUAUUGUAUUAGUAUAGGAGGAAAAAAAGUAUGGGUAAAUUGCAUACCCACCCACAUGGCUGUGGACGGGUAUGUAUAAAAAUACUAACUAUCUAAAAAUUUAUAUAUAAAAUUUAUCUAUAGCUGUAUAACCUGCGGUACAAUAACUCGCCCACCAGUUAUCUAACCGGCCAAUUUAUCAGGUCUAACUCUAAUUUUUCACUCACCAUAAAACUAGACCCACUGUAGCCCGUCAUAAGUGCACCGACUUAUCUGUAAUAACUCAACUUCUUAUCAACGGAGCAAUCUUCCUCCCGCCCACGCGGUUGGUAUAAGUGAUAAGUCCGUGUACUUAUUUCUCCCGCCAUAUCAUCCCCUGCAGACUGCAGUUCCCCCGAUUACAUUCCCUCCAACUGUCCCCUGUCACUCUCUUCUCCCUUGCGCCACAAUUCUCUCUCUCUCUCUCUCUCUCUCUCUCUCUCUCUCUCUCUCUUCUUGCUGCUGCGGCUGUCGGAAUUGCCGCAGAGAUGUCGAAUUCCGACGCCGAGAACCUACACCUUGUGUUCCAGUACUUACGUGAGACGAAUCACCACGAUGCAUGCCACAGGUUGGAGAGGGAAACGCAGAUCUUCUUCGACCUGCCCUACUUCGAGGGGCUGGUGCUCGCCGGUGCGUGGAACGACGCGGAGUGGUACCUCAAGGGAUUUGCCGAGCUCGACGAGAAUCGACAUUCUCAGAUCUUCUUCGAAUUAUACAAGAUUAUGUUCUACGAGUCCCUUGAUAGGUCUGAUACAGCGAAGGCGGUGGAGAUCCUCAGGAACAUCAGGCCGUUGGAAGCGGUCAAUAAGGAAGUCUUUGCUGAAAUGUGCUGUCUCCUCUCGCUGGAUAAUUUCAGGGAACAUGAGCGGCUAAAAGAUUUGGGGGAUAUGAAUUCGAUGAGGCAAGAAACAUGCAGAGAGAUAGCGAAGCUGAUCAAGGCGAAUCCCGUCUUGAAGGAUAAAUUGAAGUUCCCUGAAAUGGAACCCUCGAGUCCGCGUGCAAUGAUUGAUCUCAAUUUCCCUUUGCCCGAGCCUUGCGCCUCAAUGGAACUACACGGGAUUGACCUCAAUGCCACACAUUCGCCUACGCAAGUCGUCAGUAUUCCGCCCACUCAAAAUUCGCCAACGCAAGUUGCCAGUAUUCCACCCGCUCAAAAUUCGCCAACGCAAGUUGCCAGUAUUCCGCCCGCUCAAAAUUCGCCAACGCAAGUUGCCAGUAUUCUGCCUGCUCAAAAUUCGCCAAUGCAAGUUGCCAGUAUUCCGCCCGCUCAACAUUCGCCUUCACUAGUUGCCAAUCGUUGGCCCGCUCGGCGCACACGACACACUCGGCGCACUCUGCGCACUCUGCUCACUCGGCGCACUCAGCAUUCUUUAGAUAUUUUGCCUAGGACUGUCAUUAUGACUUUAAUUCAGGGUUCUCUGGUUUCGACGAUGGAUUUUAGUCCCAAAUAUCCAACAGUUCUUUUAGUGGGAACAAAUACUGGCGAAAUCUCAGUUUGGGACCUAACUGCGCGAGAGAGGAUUCAUCAUAGAAAUUGUGAAAUUGAGAAUGCUUCAGAGGCCUUCCAAAUGGCUCUUGCAAGUGAUCCUACCAUAGCCGCCAACCGUGUAAGAUGGGAUUCUAAUGGAAUAUUAUUUGGUGUUGCAUUUUCCAAGAACAUUGUGCACUUACACAACUACAUUGGCCGUCAUGAACUAACAAAAAAAUCUGAGAUAGAAGCUCAUGUCGGCGGAGUUAAUGAUAUUGCUUUUUCUCGACCACACGGAACACUGUAUGUUAUUACCUGUGGAGAUGACAAGACUAUAAAGGUGUGGGAUGCAGAGUCUACAUCCCUUUUACAGACUUUUGAAGGUCAUAGUGCUCCUGUAGGUUCAGUAUUGCCACAUUCAAGGCGUGAUCGUCAUUUUAUCUUGUCGAGUUCCAUGGAUGGGAGAAUGAAAGAAUGGUUGUAUAAUGUUCCUAACUCCGGAACUGAUAAUGCUCCGGUAGGAAAAUCUUUUUGUACCAUGGCAUAUAAUGCUGAUGGAACAAGGUUGUUCAUUUGUGGGAUCCGUGAUGAUGGUCUUGCAUACCUUGAGCAAUGGAACGGCCGAAAGUGGAACAAAGUGUGCUCUUAUGUUGGUUUCAAUAACCAAUGUGAUGGGGUGCCACAAUUCGACAUUGCAAAUAGUCGUUUUUUAGCUGCAGGAGAAGAACAUAUGAUCAAGUUUUGGGAUAUGGGCCAUUUCGACCCUUUGACAACUACCGAUGCCGAGGGUGGAUUACCGGCCUUGCCGUGCGUCCGGUUCAACAAAAGCGGGUCGUUGUUGGCUGUUUCAACAAACGACAACUGUUUUAAAGUAUUAGCAAAUGAUGAUGCUCAGCAAUUAUUUGUUGUCGGAAAUCAGUCUAAUGUUGUUACUGCACCAUAUUCAGAGCCCAAGUCAAAGAAUGGUGAAAGUCCAGUUACGAGAGAUGCUGUACCGGAGGAGUUAAAUGAUGGAUCGAGGAAGAGGAAACCAAUGGAAGUUCGAAAACCAUGCCAGUACUAUUCUUUAAGGCUCCCUGAUAGGGUAGCUAAGGUAGAAAGAAUGGUGUACACAUUUUCCGGGAAUGGUAUAUUGUCCCUCAAUUCUGACGGGGUUCACAAACUGUGGAAAUGGCAGAAGACUGAAGCAAAUAAAUCAGGACAGGCAACGGCAACUUUUCCUCCCCUGUUGUGGACACCUUCAAGUGGCAUGAUGAUGAACAAUGAGUUAGGCAAUGCAAAUGUAGGAGCAGCUCACUGCUUUGCACUGUCGAAAAAUGACAGUUAUCUUGUGUCCUCAUCUGGCGGAAAUACAUCUAUUUUCAAUAUGAUGAGUUUCAAGAGAAUGCAUAAGAUCAUGCAUUCGCCUUCUGCAGUCACUUUUCUUGCUUGUUAUCCACAAGACAACAACAUUCUUGCCAUCGGCAUGCGGGAUUCAACUAUCCAAAUCGUCAACAUCCGUUUUGAUGAGGUCAAAGCCAAGCUACAAGGACAUCAAGAUAAGAUUACAGGCCUCGUAUUUUCGAGCAAGUUAAAUAUCCUCGUCUCAUCCGCAGCCGAUACUUUGAUAUGUGUAUGGGGGAUCGACGGAUGGAAAAAAGAAUGUAGUAGAAGUCUAGAGAUACCUAGUGGACGGCUGUCGAGCCCUGGCGUGGAGACCAAAAUUCAACUUCACAAUAAUCAGGUCCAUCUAUUGGCUAUCACCAAGACGCAGCUGGCCGUCUAUGAUGCAGCAACACUGGAACUCUUGAAACAGUGGCAGCCUGAGAAUGGACAAAUUACAGAUGGAACGUAUUCAUGCGACGGACAAAUGAUCUAUGCAAGUUUAAUGGAUGGAGUGUACACCUUUACCUCAGAUCUUGAUGUGGGGCGCAGAAUUCGCCCCGAAGCAUAUAAGAAUCCUCAAAUUCCAAAUGUUUAUCCAGUUGUCAUUGCUGCUCAUCCUUCCAAACCUACCCAGUUCGUGCUGGGACUAAGUGAUGGUCAUGUCCAAGUCUUGGAGCGUUCGGAAUCGGAAAAGCAACAGGAAACCUUACCCCCUCCGGAAAGCGCUGCUGGAGGAAGCACUUCUUCGCCUAGAAAAGGUGGUGGAUUCGCUUCUUGCAGCCGACAGCAUCUUCAAUAGAACCUUGAAUCCAUAACACUCGCCUUUCCCCGUAUUCUUUCAUUUGGCUAUUGUCAUCAUCACUAGAUUCGCCUUUCAUCAAAUACACCAAGCAGCCGAAUUCAGUAGUAAUAAGCUCUUGAAAGAGGAUUUUUAUAGUAAGAUGCUGAAGGUAACGAGCAUAUGGACGGAGAGCUGCUGCGUUAAGCACAAAUUAGCUCCGGGUUUUUGUUGAGUUUAUUUUGUGUAUAGAAGUGUAGAUUGCAAUCUUUUAAAUUUUCUGUAGCUAUCGAAGGGCAUUAAUUACUCUCUUUUUGUGCAUAUUAUCCUGUUAGUGAUGAUGCCUUUUGUUGAUUUGAUGUUUGAUCAUUACCCACGACAUCAGAUCAUUACCCACGGCCAAUGGCAUCAAUUAUCAGGUUCUUUUUCUUCUUUAUUUUUCUUUUUGUUUUUGCUGUAGAUACAGCACAUUAUCCACGUCCACACUUUUGACAUGCUAUUUCUAUGUAUGGCCACGCCCAAUGACUGGUCAAUUGAAUCCAUAUAGCUAUCAUAAUAUCUAAAACUACCCAAACUGUUUGUG